GGCAGAUCGAUUCGUUCGGGCCAAGAUGAACAAGAGAUUGAUUCGUUUGUCGCAGAUGAAAAAUGAUUUUUUGCGCAAGUCUAGUGCUCACACAAUGCCAAACGACCCAGCGCACCACAUCACAGAUGACCUGGCACUCAAAAACAGGUGAGUAACACUCAGACCCUUUAAUCCAAGCCAUUGUGGCUUGACAAAGUCCUAUUUGAGGAGUUGAAACGUUGCCCCUCUGUAAUUUGGAUUAAAGCACCUCCAUGUCGUAUUUCGGAGUGACCUGUCCUUCCUUUUGGCAGCGUUGGGUGGGAUCUGAGAGCCAUGCCCUCUCAGGGUUGCCCAUGAAGUGCUCUUGUAUGGGAUACCCUGAGUUUAUUUAUUUUUUUUGUACAGCAGCAAACUGCACCAUAUUCUCUCCAGAAGCAGGACACCAGAGAACAAACCUGGGGUGGCGUUACCGGAGAACCAGUACAGUCCAUUAACUCUGCAAUAUUUUAAGAAUGUUAAUUUAAAUCCCCUUUAAAGAGGAAUUGUCUAUUUAUUUUUUCUGAAAGUGUUAAUUUUCCACCUUCUGAUGAAAGCUAGUGCAGCAGAGGUAAGUAUGUAUCACAAAGGUUAAAGCCAUCUACUCCGCUCUGCCUUGCUAUGAUCAGUCAGACUGGCAUUUAAUGCAAAUUAUAAAUAACCUAUUAAUGGCGCAGUCCAUGGGUGAUGUUUAGAUAGUUAUGGGGUUCUGGGUAAAGAUUCUGGAUUAGGCUGCAUUCCCAUCAUGCUUAGCCGGCUAAAUUCUGCUCUGGCUCCCUGCUCUCCAUCAAACUGGGGAAUAUUAAUAGUGAAUUGGGGAGAAAUUAAACAGCCACAAAACUAGACAUAUUGGUAAAAUGUGAACUCUUACAUUGUUUUUUUUAAUUUUUUUUAUUUAUUGUUUAAAGGUAUUUUUUUUUUAGAAGUGUUACAGCCCAUGUUUUGCAGUUUGAUUUUUAAUUAAGCUGAAUUCAACGUUUAGUAAACAUGUCCCAUUGUGCUAGGUCACUUUAAUUAAAAACGGGCGUGGUUACAGAAGGUCCCUCCCCUGCGAGGGCGUGGUCUCACGCAUACCUGUGUACUCCACGUGUCAGUGGGCGUGGCUUGCCAAAUUUCGUUUCUGACGGGCUGGGUUAGGCACGGUGUAGCUCCUCCCAGUACAGGUGUCAGUGGGCGUGGCCGGACGGUCUGCUAUUCGGUGGAGCAGCAACAUGAACGAACAGCUAGAACCAGAGGACAGGUAAUACAUGGAAUGAGGGGGAGACCACCUGUGUGCAGGCAGGUAAUAAUACAUGGAAUGAGGGGGAGACCACCUGUGUGCAGGCAGGUAAUAAUACAUGGAAUGAGGGGGAGACCACCUGUGUGCAGGCAGGUAAUAAUACAUGGAAUGAGGGGGAGACCACCUGUGUGCAGGCAGGUAAUAAUACAUGGAAUGAGGGGGAGACCACCUGUGUGCAGGCAGGUAAUAAUACAUGGAAUGAGGGGGAAGACCACCUGUGUGCAGCCAGGUAAUAAUACAUGGAGUGAGGGGGAGACCGCCUGUGUGCAGGCAGGUAAUAAUACAUGGAAUGAGGGGAGACCGCCUGUGUGCAGGCAGGUAAUAAUACAUGGAAUGAGGGGGGAGAACUCGUGCAGGCAGGCACACAUGGAAUGAGGGGAGACCCACCUGUGUGCAGGCAGGUAAUAAUACAUGGAAUGAGGGGGAGACCACCCGUGUGCAGGCAGGUACACACAUGGAAUGAGGGGAGACCACCUGUGUGCAGGCAGGCACACACAUGGAAUGAGGGGGAGUUCACCUGUGUGCAGGCAGGUACAAUACAUGGAAUGAGGGGACCACCUGUGUGCAGGUAAGCAGGUAAUAAUACAUGGAAUGAGGGGAGACCACCCAGUGCAGGUAAUAAUACAUGGAAUGAGGGGGAAGACCACCCAAAAGCAAGCUGUGGCAAUAAUACAUGGAGUGAGGGGGGAGACCGCCUGUGUGCAGGCAGGUAAUAAUACAUGGAAUGAGGGGGGAGACCCCCUGUGUGCAGGCAGGUAAUAAUACAUGGAAUGAGGGGGGAGACCACCUGUGUGCAGGCAGGUAAUAAUACAUGGAAUGAGGGGGAGACCACCUGUGUGCAGGCAGGUAAUAAUACAUGGAAUGAGGGGGAGACCACCUGUGUGCAGGCAGGUAAUAAUACAUGGAAUGAGGGGGAGACCACCUGUGUGCAGGCAGGUAAUAAUACAUGGAAUGAGGGGGAAGACCACCUGUGUGCAGCCAGGUAAUAAUACAUGGAGUGAGGGGGAGACCGCCUGUGUGCAGGCAGGUAAUAAUACAGGGAAUAAUACAUGGAAUGAGGGGGAGACCACCCAGUGUGCAGGCAGGCACAAUACAUGGAAUGAGGGGGAGACCACCUGUGUGCAGGCAGGUAAUAAUACAUGGAAUGAGGGGGGAGACCACCUGUGUGCAGGCAGGUAAUAAUACAUGGUAUGAGGGGGGAGACCACCUGUGUGCAGGCAGGUAAUAAUACAUGGAGUGAGGGGGAGACCACCUGUGUGCAGGCAGGUAAUAAUACAUGGAGUGAGGGGGAGACCACCUGUGUGCAGGCAGGUAAUAAUACAUGGAGUGAGGGGGAGACCACCUGUGUGCAGGCAGGUAAUAAUACAUGGAGUGAGGGGGAGAGCGCCUGUGUGCAGGCAGGUAAUAAUACAUGGAGUGAGGGGGAGAGCGCCUGUGUGCAGGCAGGUAAUAAUACAUGGAGUGAGGGGGAGAGCGCCUGUGUGCAGGCAGGUAAUAAUACAUGGUAUGAGGGGGGAGACCACCUGUGUGCAGGCAGGUAAUAAUACAUGGAGUGAGGGGGAGACCAACUGUGUGCAGGCAGGUAAUAAUACAUGGAGUGAGGGGCAGACCACCUGUGUGCAGGCAGGUAAUAAUACAUGGAGUGAGGGGGCAGACCACCUGUGUGCAGGCAGGUAAUAAUACAUGGAGUGAGGGGGCAGACCACCUGUGUGCAGGUAGGUAAUAAUACAUGGAGAGAGUUGGGGGAACAACCUGUGUGCAGGCAGGAGGGAGUUCUGGGUAUCUAACCUAAAGGGAGAGGUAAUGCAUGGAAUAAGAGGGGAAGCCACCUGUCUGCAAGUAGAGCAGGGGGUACUGAUGACCGACAAUGCAUUACAUGGAGGAGCAAGCAGCUGUGAGUAGGGAAUGGAAGGAGUACAGGGUAUCUAAUCUUUUAUAGGAAGCCCUUACUGUAAUCCCAAAACGCCUCAAUAUCCUGGUGUUAAUGGUAACACAUCCUUAUACAUUGUCUUUAUUGGGGCCCCUGGGGACCAAAUACUUUAUCAAAUGGCAUAUAAGCAGAGCACCAUUGACUAUAUUGAAGCUAGUAACCCGGCUCCUGAGUGCUUUAUUACCCUGUAACAUCUUAUUACAGUAACCUGGCUCCUGAGAGCCUUAUUACCCUGUAACAUCUUAUUACAGUAACCCGGCUCCUGAGUGCCUUAUUACCCUGUAACAUCUUAUUACAGUAACCCUGUUCCUGAGUGCCUUAUUACCCUGUAACAUCUUAUUACAGUAACCCGGCUCCUGAGUGCCUUAUUACCCUGUAACAUCUUAUUACAGUAACCGGCUCCUGAGCCUCUUAUUAGCCUACCAAAACUCUUUAUUAUAAUGUAUUCAUUUGUUCCAAUACAUUCACAUUAUAAUCCACCUUUAGUAAAUACAUUACUCCAAAGUACAAGGAGACGCCCACCUUACCUCUUCUCAGUGAUAAAGUGGCUGGUUAAUUCACUAAAUGUACACACCCUUGUUCUUGAGUAAUUAGAGUUUACAAAAGGCAAUUAAGGCACUUAGGAACAGAGUUACUAUAAUAAGAUGUUACGGGGUAAUAAGGCACUCAGGAGCCGGGUUACUGUAAUAAGAUGUUACAGAGUAAUUACUGUAGAUGUUACAGAGUAAUAAGGCACUCAGGAGCCGGGUUACUGUAAUAAGACGUUACAGGGUAAUAAGGCAUGAGGAGCCAGGUUACUGUAAUAAGAUGUUACAGGGUAAUAAGGCACUCAGGAGCCGGGUUACUGUAAUAAGAUGUUACAGGGUAAUAAGGCACUCAGGAGCCGGGUUACUGUAAUAAGAUGUUACAGGGUAAUAAGGCACUCAGGAGCCGGUUACUGUAAUAAGAUGUUACAGGGUAAUAAGGCACUCAGGAGCUGGGUUACUGUAAUAAGAUGUUACAGGGUAAUAAGGCACUCAGGAGCCGGGUUACUGUAAUAUGAUGUUACAGGGUAAUAAGGCGCUCAGGAGCCGGGUUACUGUAAUAUGAUGUUACAGGGUAAUAAGGCACUCAGGAGCCGGGUUACUGUAAUAUGAUGUUACAGGGUAAUAAGGCACUCAGGAGCCGGGUUACUGUAAUAUGAUGUUACAGGGUAAUAAGGCACUCAGGAGCCGGGUUACUGUAAUAAGAUGUUACAGGGGGUAAUAAGGCACUCAGGAGCCGGGUUACUGUAAUAAGAUGUUACAGGGUAAUAAGGCACUCAGGAGCCGGGUUACUGUAAUAUGAUGUUACAGGGUAAUAAGGCACUCAGGAGCCGGGUUACUGUAAUAAGAUGUUACAGGGUAAUAAGGCACUCAGGAGCCGGGUUACUGUAAUAAGAUGUUACAGGGGGUAAUAAGGCACUCAGGAGCCGGGUUACUGUAAUAAGAUGUUACGGGGUAAUAAGGCACUCAGCAGCCGGGUUACUGUAAUAAGAUGUUACAGGGUAAUAAGGCACUCAGGAGCAGGGUUACUGUAAUAAGAUGUUACAGGGUAAGAAGGCACUCAGGAGCCGGGUUACUGUAAUAAGAUGUUACAGGGUAAUAAGGCACUCAGGAGCCGGGUUACUGUAAUAAGAUGUUAUGGGGUAAUAAGGCACUCAGGAGCCGGGUUACUGUAAUAAGAUGUUACAGGGUAAUAAGGCACUCAGGAGCCGGGUUACUGUAAUAAGAUGUUACAGGGUAAUAAGGCAGUUGUGAUUUGGACAAUUGCUAAAAAAAUAUUUAAAUUAUUAAUACCUCUUACUUUUCUCUUUUCUACUUUUCACUAAACAUUUGUAGGAUUGCCUUGGGGUGCUUAGCAUUUUUAUUAGUUUAUUUUCUGUCUUUGCAGGUCUCCUGUGAAUUUGUCAAUGGAUCUCAAGGAAUGUAUGGAAGCUCUAAGUCUGUUUCUUAAUAACCAGUUUAACGAGAGCCUUGAUCUUUUGCGGCCAAGGUGAGAAUGAAAUCUUAACUUUUUUUUUUUUUUUCACAGAACAAGUUUUAUUUAAUUUGAAUUUUAAAACCUAGGCAAAAGUAGCUGGUUUGGAAAGACACUUCAACGCUGCUAAAGUUGUAAACGGCCUUACUGUUUUACCAUAAACUUUGCAAUUCAAAGUUUAAUUUAAUAAAGUUCUGUGUAUAGUUGCGAAUUAGUGACUGGCAAUCAUGUAAGACGAGAAAUAUUGAACAAAUUAUACUAUAGGGAGUCUCACCCUCCCAGCACAGGGUGACACAGACAGGAGGAAACUAUGGGACAUGGAGACUGUCCCUCCCAGCACAGGGUGACACAGACAGGAGGCAGUUAUGGGACAUGGAGUCUGUCCCUCCCAUCACAGGGUGACACAGACAGUAGUGAGCUAUAAACAUGGAGUCUGUCCCUCCCAGCACAGGGUGACACAGACAGGAGGGAGCUAUUGGACAUGGAGUCUGUCCCUCCCAGCACAGGGUGACACAGACAGGAGGGAGCUAUGGGACAUGGAGUCUGUCCCUCUCAGCACAGGGUGACACAGACAGGAGGGAGCUAUGGGACAUGGAGUCUGUCCCUCCAGCACAGGGUGACACAGACAAGAAAUCAGAGCCAUAUCACAUAGCUUCCUCAUAUUUUUCUUCCCCCACACCUAAUCUUUGCUAUUGAUAUUUUUCUAACCCAAUGAUCUGUGUAUUUUUUUUCUUAGAGCUGCAGACAGUAUGUACCAUGGCCUUGUAUAUGGUACGAUCCAGGAAAUGCAAGCAAUGAUGACAUUUGAGCAUGAUGACAUCAUCAAUGCUGGACUGACUAUGAAACAGGCUCAAGAAACCUGCCAGAGGUAGAGAAUGGGCCAUACAACGUAUCAUGUCCUGAUAUACAUUGUAUGUAACAUACACAUAGUUACUAUAGUGUUUUUUUGUUUUUUGUUUCUUCUCCCUUACAAUGUUCACCCAUAACGGAGUGAUGGUCAUUCUGUACAUAAUUUCAUACUAUGGAUAUGUUGUCGAUUGAGUGUUUUUUCUGGUUAUACUGUAGUGAUAUUAUCCCUCUUCCAUUUGGUCUCUCUAUCUGUUUCGUUCUCCGAAGGCUUUCACCGCUUUUUAAGAAAUAUUUAUUUCAGCAUUGACUAUCUCUUCCAAGGCAAGACUUGGAGGAAUAAGGUUGGAUGUUCAGUAAGCUUAUCAAGCCACAAUAGCCCAAACAAACACCAUAAUAUCAAACAAUAGUAAACAAUUAUAUGGCGUUUAUAGAAACUGCACAAUUUUGUAUUAAUAAUGAGCAGGAACAGGAUAGUUCGACAUGUCUAGGCUGGAAAACACGUAUAUGCUAAAACAGGCUAGCUAGACAUAGGGAUUGGAGCAUAGUAAAAUGUUGCAAGUCAUAUUGGUGUUUCAGGAGUAAAGAACCACUGGGGUUGGCAUUACUGGCACGGUUCUGCAUUGCGAAAGAACCUAACUGUAUGUAAAACAAAAAAAUAAAACCAUUGCUCAAAUUGGGGAGAAGUGGCUUAGAAAUGCCAUAUGGUGGCAACUGGAGUUAGGGAGACUCCUACUUUGGACGAGCAAUAUGCCCCUGGGCGUCCAGCAUCAGCUGAUGCCCAAGGUCUGGAAUGCUGGAUGGUUGCCGCGAAGUGUAGCAAGACAGGAGUGCGGUGUAAGGCGUCUCCUGCCCCAGGCCGUGAUGAAGGCCAACAUCAGGACACCACGGACUUGAGUGCUCGCAUCGGAGUUAAAGUCCAUCCCUAUAGGGGAAUUGUGGAAGCUCCUGGUGUUCCGUCGCCACUUGCAGCGAAGGGUCUUCCGUCUGGGUGGUCGAUGCACAGGGACUACGUCCCCAAUGGCCCUCAGCCUAGGCAGGCGAGUGCUGGGAAACACAUAAGAUUGCUGAGAUGAUUUGCCUGAAGGAGGCCCUCUCACCCCUGCUCCACUGUCACCUGUUUCUUUCUCCCGACUCUGAGGUGAUGCUGCCACGAUGAGGGCCUCAAGUUUUGCCCAGAAGCAUGCAAAGUGAUUUUCCAGUCGCUCCAUUAUUUGUUCAGCCCCAAUCGAAGUCAGCUCAUGCUUAUGUGGUGAGAGCGUGUCAGCCAUCUUGGGGGAGUCAUCUGCGGUGUGGUCUCAAACAGGAUUAGUUGCCUAACAUCUGCAGUGAUGAGCAAAGCAACCCAGUGGGGACCGAGAUUAACCUAUGCCGGUCCAGAGCAGGAGGUAACAGGGCACUGUAGUUCAGAGAGUGAUGCAUCGUGGGGCAGUUUCUCCUGCCCACUGUGCACACUAGGCCAGGGUUAGCCAGCACCUCUGGAGACCGGAUCAAAUCUUCCAGGCUGGUUUUAAUAGCAGGUAUAACAAUGCCGGUUUCAGUUGUGAGUGGCAGGUGUCGCAGGAUUCCACUAAAAUUGAGAGUUCUGUGAGGAGCUCCUGUUAGUUGCUACCUGCCUCCAUGAGUUUCAGGCCCCGCCCCCCUAAUGUUCAGCUUUUAAACCAAAGUUUGGUCCUGUGAGGAACCCAAACUUUCUCCUGCAACAAAAACCUUUUGAAGUUCCUAAGCACAGGCAAAACCAGCAGCAAGAAGCCAGACCAGCAGCCAGGAGCCAGCCAUUUUGCCCUAUUUUAUUUUCCCAGCUGGUUGCUCUGUGUGGUAGUCUCCCAAGCUGUAGUUAGAAGUCAGUCUUGGAAGUCAGUCUGUCCUAUAACCAAUGUAUUGAUGCCAAGUCAUGCUUCUUAAAGUAACCUUUUAAUUAUAUUCUGAAAUGUACUGCUGUGCAUCACCUCCAUAGACAAACCUUUACAGAUGCCUCCCUCGGACAUGGCAAGACCAGGUUCUACAAAUCCUCCCAGAAUUCCAUGCAGAGUGUCCAAAUAAGCACACAAGUACCACUUUUUCAGAUUCAUUUUUUUUUUUUUUCCUCAGAACCCACAUGUAUACAGACUCCCUUAUCAAUGGCACUGCUUUUUAUACCAGUGUAUGUUUUAUGAUCCAAAUACACCAAUGAUCGACGAUGAACUGCAUGUUGUCACUCUGUUGGGACUCAUCAGCAUGGCACUUGUAUGUGGUCUUCACUGCUUUGUUGGUUUUCUCUUGGCCUUCUCUGAAUCUUUUAUUCUUUAUUUUUUUUAUAUUCCUCUGCUACACUUGUGUUUUGUUUUUUUGUUUUUUGUUUUCCGUAUUUUUUUUUUUUCCUCUGCUACUUUUUUUCCCCCCCGUAUUAUUUACAUUUAAUGUUUAGUUAUCCUUUCUCUUUCUUUCUUGCAGCAUAUCCUCAGGCAGUAAUCUGACUUGUAAAACCAAACACUCUGAACAAAUAUUGUAGCUUUCUCACUGUCACCAAGCACUGCCUGACAAACAGAGCUUUAAACUCUUCCCCCUUAUCCUAUGUCCGUAUGGGAGCCACGAGGAAUCCUGAGCUUAAUCUUAAUCCUCUGAUUGCAUCACCUACAUAAAUACACGACAUUAUUCUUUAAUAAUUGUUCUAGUAAGAAUUGUAGAUUACUGUGAAUUUAGUGGCUUAACUGAUAAAAUACGUUGUUAAAUUUGAUUGGCAAUUGUAGCCUCUAAUUUUCUUCUCCUUACAGUAAACAGACCCUAUAUUUGAUAGGCUAUAAUGAACAGUCCAUACAUUGAUCUAACAAGGUUAUGAAUAAUUCAAUAGUUUAAAAAAAUAAUUCAACUAGGGCCCCUGUUCAAGAAAUUUAGAAGGGCCCCAUUGUCAGUCUCCUCUAAGCAAUACACCAGUGUGGGAUGUGUGUGGUGGUGGUUGGCUAAGUGUAAUUGUGCAGGGCUGAAUGUGUGUUUGUGUAAUAUUAAUAAAAACUCCAAAACACGUUUUUACCCCCCCUCUUCUACUUAACUUUUCUGCAGAUAGUGGUUGUUAUCCCUGGUGGUCCAGCAUCAUAUGAUCUUUGGUCUCAUGGUGCUGCUGACUGCAUCUCUUGCCUUCCAGUGGGGGAAAUGUGUGGUCUGCACCUGCGGGGAGUGCAGACUCCAUAAAUGCUCUUCCAUUGUGGCACUCACUAAGACCGGAAACCAGUGGCUGUGUUCAACAUAUACACUGCAAGCUGGAGCCCUGUGAGGUGGCGUUUAGAUUGCUCCCAGUGUUAAAUUGUUUGGUAUACUGCUCUAUUAGCAUUAUACUAACUAACGGUGCUGCAAGCGGGGACAAAGUCUGGCCUCUGCCCCUUCUAGAUAGGCCCAACUCCACAGCCCGUUUACAGUAGUGAACAUUGAAACUCUGGUAGGUCCACAGUUGCUGAUAUAUUGUAUUUUAGAUCUCCUGUUUAAUGUGAUAAAUGAAAAGAUUUGAACAAAAUCGCAAAAUGAGAAAGCAUAACUUAUUCAGUGUUUGUCUGUUGAAAGGCAUAGUAUAGCCAUAAAGUACUGGUAAUUCAAAAUACACUUUGCACCACAUCCUUCUCAGAAAGACUUCAUUUUGCAGGAAUGACCAUUUUUCUGAAACUCUUUAAAAUCCAGUCUUUAAGCAUAGGAACAUGAUUGUGCAUACUGUGGUCUUCAGCUGCCAGACGUGAAGACCACAAACUCUAAACAGUGAAGACAAAAUGUCAAUCAAAAAGCAGGCAGUUGGAAACCUGCAGGUUAAUUUGUGAAUAACUAAAAGCUAUUUUAUAUCAAGCUGAAGUCCUAAAACAGGGAUUGGCAACCUUCGGCAUUCCAGAUGCUAUGGACUACAUCCCCCAUAAUGCUCCUACACUAAUAAUGCUGGCAAAGGACCAUGGGAGGUGUAGUCCAAAACAUCUGGAGUGCCGAAGGUUGCCUAUACCUGUCCUAAAAGGUCUUCAGUGCAUAUCCCUAAAUCCAAUGGUAAUAAAAAUCUGAUGUGCCUUGUAGACUACUGCUAUAAAGACCUAGAAGAGAGAAUUAAUUACUAGUGGCAAAAGGGAAAAAAUAAUCUGUGAAAAGACAGGGCCAGGGAAUACUGAUCUUCAGAAUAUAUUAUAUGUUUUUAAAUUUAUUUUUUAUAAUUUUGCCUGGGGCGGACAGACCACUUUGUUGCAUGGGUGUGCAGAUAUCUCGACUGGUCUCUGUGCCACUGAUACUUGCACCACCCAGCAAGCUGUUUAUCUCGCUGGUAUCCCAAUCCAGCUCUGUGCAUGCACCAUGUUUCACCUGCGCAAUAAAAUAGAGCAGCGGUUCCCAAACCAGUCCUCAAAGCACCCCUACCAGCCCAGGAUUUAGGGAUAUAGAAAAUAAAAACCAUCGACACAGCUGUGUAAUUCCUAAAUUCUGGACUGGUAGGAGACCCUUGAGGACUGGUUUUCAGAUCACUGGAAUAGAAGUCUUCAAAAAUAGACCUGUGGAAGGAAUGGGACAAGAAGUAACAUUGGAGGCCAAGAGCCACAGGAAACUUGGCAAGAUAUGAGCUAAGAAUGACAGGAGGAGAACAGAGGGAGAACUGGAGUUGCGGACACAAUGGUGUCUCUGCAAGAUAAAUGCAGAGAAUGACUCAACUGCAUGAGAAGAAAGCAAAGCCAAGAGGACCUGUGGCUGGUAGGAGCAGGGCAAGAUUAGUACGGGAGCAAGUCUUUUGAACCUUGGGAAUUUUAAAUAAAUAAGAUUUCUGAUGAGUGUCAUAGUGACUAUCCAAGGUAAUGAUUGUGUGGUUAUAAUUUUUACAAUCCUUAGAACUCCAGGGUACACAGGCCAACUGAGGCUGUCUGUUAACAGGCACAGAGAGAGUGCUUUAACUGUUAUAAUUUGUAUAUUCUCUUUAACAAUCAAACCCACUGAAAUGUUUGUUCUCCACCAGAUUUAGAAAGAAAACAACCCCUUUUGGAAAAACUGGAGCUGACUCCUAUACAGAAGGUGAGACUAAGGAAUGUUAGUGUCCCUGUCUUUAUGGUUAAACCUUUUUUCUUUUAAUUUUUUUUUUUUUACAUAAAAAUGCUCUGUCGUGGAUGUCAAACAAUUGCAAACCCAACACAGAUUUAUAAAAUAGAAAACUUUGUUAAAUAUAUGUGUGGGACAAUUAUUGGCACCCCUUUAGUUAAUAAUUUGUGCUACGUCGCUUUGCCAAGAUAACCGCUCUGAGUCGUCUUCUGUAAUAUCUGAUUUUUUUGAAACACUAAUAAUUGUGUUCGGAGAAGUCUCCCGAGUAUAACCGUGUACACCCCCAUGUACAGAUUUUAUGGUAGUUUCAAAAGUUAGAGUCAAAUCUAAGGCUUGAUUUUCCUUUUUUUCACAUUACAAUUUGCCAGACUGGUUAUGUUGCCUUUGAGACCGUAUGGUAUCCCAGGAAUGAAAAUUACCCCCAUGAUGGCAUACCAUUUGCAAAAGUAAACAUCCCAAGGUAUUACAAAUAGGGUAUGUCCAGUCUUUUCUAGUAGCCACUUAGUCACAAACACUGGCCAAAAUUUGCAUUCAAUUUAGUUUUUUGCAUUUUUCACACACAAACCAAUAUGAAUGAUAACUUUGGCCAGUGUUUGUGACUAAGUGGCUACUAGAAAAGACUGAACAUGCCUAAUUUGCAAUACCUUGGGUUGUCUACUUUUGCAAAUGGUAUGCCAUCAUGGGGGUAAUCUUCUUCAUUCCUGGGCUACCGUUUUGGUCUGAGGCAACAUAACCAGCAUGGAAAAUUUCAACGUGAAAAAACUGAAAAAUGUAACAUGCUAUAUUUGACCCUGUAACUUUCCAAAACACCAUAGAACCUGUACAUAGGGGGUACUGGUUUACCCGUGAGACAUCGCUGAAUACAAAUGUGUAUUUUAUUGCAGUAACAGCUAACCGUAUUAUGACAUUCUCUGUUAAAAUGCCAUGCAGAAUUAAAAAAAUAACAAUUUCUUAAUUUUUUUUUUAAAUAUAUUUUAUUCAUAUUAAAUUAGGUUUACUAUAAAAAUAUUUGAUGUGACAUGAAAAAUCCCCGUUUCUUAUGAACAAAAUGAUAUAUAAUAAGUGUGGGUGCACAUAAUAUGAAAGAGGUUAAUUACGCCUGAACAGACAUAUAGCGCAAAGUCAAGGUUUUGUUUACGUUUUGUUUUGAUCACAACGUGUACAAUUGGCUCAGUCCUUAAGGGGUUAACAAAGAUUUUUGUAUUUAUUUUUGAUAAACUUGUGUUUGCAGUUGUAUUGAUGUCCAUGAGAGCAGAGCAUUUGUGCACAAAAAAGAUCAAAAGGUUUUUGUUUUUUGUGGGGUUUUUUUAAACUGCAUUCUUUGCUCAUAUUUACCAAAGGUGCCAAUAUUAGUGGAGGGCACUGUAGUAAUAAAGAAUGCGCUACCUUAUGGUGAUGAGCAUCUAUUCAUUAAAAUUAAACACGCUGCAUUUUAGAUCUAUGCCAAGUAUCUAUAAUACGGAGUAUCUAUACACUGAUACCUGGUUUGUCAUUGCAGUUGAAUUUCAUGCAGAAGUUUGCUACGCAGAGUGCCUUCUCCAGAGAGCGGCUCUGAUUUUCCUGCAGGUACGGAAUAUAUGAUAAUAGAUAGAAACCUAGACUGUGACGGCAGAUAAGAACCAUUCGGCCCAUCUAGUCUGCCCAAUUUUCUAAAGACUAUCCCACGCAUGCUUAACCCCUUCCCGACCGAGGACGGUUCAGGACCGUCAUCGGGAUUUUCCCAUUGAGGACCGAUGACGGUCCUGAACCGUCCUAACGGUUUCCGUUACUUACCUGAUCGCCGUCGUUCCCCCGGCGGCGAUCAGCGUUGCUCCGGUUGUGGGGAGACUGCCUGCAGCCCAGACAGUCUCCCCACACUGAUUUAGGACCCCUGGGGCCAUGUGAUCGCUUAACACAGCGAUCACAUGGUCACAAUGGGUGUCCAUAGUGCUGCCUGCAGGGGGACUGUCUGUGCUGACAGGCAGUCUCCCUGCUAGUGUAAAAUCAGAAAAAAAAAUAAAGUUAAUGUUAAUAAAAAAAAUAAUAAUAAUUAUAUAUGUGUAUAUAUGAUAUAUAGACAUAUAUUAUAUCUAUAUAAUAUAUGUCUAUAUAUCAUAUAUAUAAUGCCAUACUAAGUGUAUUUUUAUAUUAAUAUGUACUUAUAUUAAUAUAAAAAUACACUUAUAAUUAAAUUACACACGUGUAUAUAUAUAUAUAUAAUAUAUAUAAUAACUAUAUAGAUUGUGUGUAUAUAUAUAUAUUAUUAUAAAAUAUAAAUAAGUAAUUUAAAUUAAAUAAAAAAUUUUUAAAAUAAUAAUAAAAAAAUUUAAAAAAAUUAUAUAGCUAUAUGAAAUUUUAUUCUAACUGUAUUUUAAAAUUAAUAUAUAUAUUUAUAUCAAAAUACACUUAGAAUGAAUUUGUGUAUAUAUAUAUAUAUAUAAAAAUAAUACGAAAUAUACAUAUGUCCAUAUACAAAAUUACAUAAAUAAUUAUAUAAAUAUACACGUAGACUUCAAAUAUAUAAAUAUGCAUAUAUAUUUAAAUUCUAUGUGCGUAUUUAUGUAAUAUUUUACAUAAUUCAGUAAUUUUAUUGAUUGCAAUUUGAGGGACCUGCCUGCCCACCCAGGCCGAAAUUCCAGAGAAUUUAAUUUGCUAGCACUGUAUUUUACCCUGUAACGUUCUACGACACCCUAAAACCUGUACAUGGGGGGUACUGUUUUACUCGGGAGACUUCGCUGAACACAAAUAUUGGUGAUUCAAAACAGUAAAACAUAUCACAGCGAUGAUAUUGUCAGUGAAAGUUACUUUUUUUGCAUUUUUCACACACAAACAGCACUUUUACUGAUGAUACAAUUGUUGUGAUACGUUUUCCAGUUUUUAAACACUAAUAUAUGUGUUUAGCGAUGUCUCCCGAGUAAAACAGUACCCGCCAUGUACAGGUUUUAUAUCAUUUUUGAAAGUUACAAGGUCAAAUACAUGGGUCAAAUAUUUUUACAUUGAAAAUGGCCAGGUUGGUUACGUUGCCUUUGAGAGCGUAUGGUAGCCCAGGGAUGAGAAUUACCCCCAUGAUGGCAUACCAUUUGCAAAAGAAGACAACCCAAGGUAUUGCAAAUGGGGUAUGUCCAGUCUUUUUUAGUAGCCACUUGGUCACAAACACUGGCCAAAAUUAGCGUUCAAUUUAGUUUUUUUACUUUUUUCACACACAAACAAAUAUGAAUGCUUACAUUGGCCAGUGUUUUCGACUAAGUGGCUACUAAAAAAGACUGGACAUACCCCAUAUUGAAUACCCUGGGUUGUCUACUUUAAAAAAAAUAUGUACAUGUAGGGUGUUAUUCAGAGAUUUAUGACAGAUAAUAGUGUUACAAUGUCACUAUUGAUAAAUUUUAAAAAUGUAUGUUUUGAAACCGCAAUAUCUUACUUGUACCUAUAGCCCUAUAACAUGCAAAAAAAAGCAAAAAAGCACGUAAACACUAGGUAUUUUUAAACUCAGGACAAAAUUUUGAAUCUAUUUAGCAGUUUUUUUCAUUUGCUUUUGUAGAUGAGUAAAAGAUUUUUCAAGUAAAAGUCAAAAAACAUGUAUUUUUUUCAAUUUUUCAUCAGAUUUUUUUAUUUUUUUAUAUUAAAAUACAUGAGAUUAUAUAAAUAAUGGUAUGUAAAGAAAGCCCCUUUUGUCCUGAAAAAAACAAUAUAUAAUUUGUAUGGGAACAGUAAAUGAGAGAGCGGAAAAUUACAGCCAAACACAAACACCAGAAAAGUGUAAAAAUAUUCCUGGUCGCAAAUGUACAACAUCGCAAAAACAGUUCAGUCCUUAAGGGGUUAAACCCCUUUAAUGUGUUAACCUCUGUAGGACCCCGCAUUCCCCAUGCUUUGCUGAUGUGAGCACACUGAUGGAAUGUUGGUAGCACUCAUUAUAAUAGCGAUAGACUUGCUUCUCACGUUCCCCUUGUUUGUACUACGGGUUGUUCCUUUUAGGUUGGAACAAACAUUCUUGUUCCCCUCUGUCCUUUCCUAAGGCCGUUGUUUCAAAGAUAUGAGGAUCUGUGUCUCUAACCUUGGUGUUUAUCCCUAAAACAUGUAUUGACCCAGGGUCCAUGAAUUCUCAGUUGAAAAUCCAAUGAUUAGCGAUGGUACAAGAGAAUUGAAAUACCCACCUCUGUAUAGAAAAAUACAGUGAGACGUGGGAAUCUCUGCUGGCUACAAGCUGCCUACAAACUGAAUACGUAGAUCAGGGGUAGGCAACUUUUGGCUUUUCAGAUGUUGUUCUCUACAUCUCCCCUGAUGCUUUGCCAGCAUUAUGGCUGUUAGUGCAUGAUGGGAGAUGUAGACCACAACAUCUGGAGUGCUGAAGGUUGCCUACCCCUGCAAAUAUCCAUAUAGCUAUGCAACGCUAAAGCGCAAACCGGUUUAAUCCAAACUGGCAUAUGGGAAAAGCUUGCUCCCUGAUAAUAGAGGGAUAAAUAACAAAUACAAGCCGCUCUAGAAACCUUGAAGUGAAGGGGAGUAAUGAUAUGGGAUGGUAGUGAGAAGUCGGGUCAAAAGAUGACUUUUCUAGGAUGGGAUUAACAAUUGAAUGUUUGAAGGAAGCAGGGAAGAAGCCAGUAGACAAGAUGUUGGAAAUAUGCACUGUGGACUGAACCAGACUAGAGGAAAUAUUGGAAAAGGUGAGUGGGAUGGGGACCAAAAUGGCAUAUGAUGUGGAGAGAGGACAAUAGAUGUUUAGAGAUGAGGUGGGAGGGUAGGAGUUAACGUGAAAGAAGGUACAGAAUGGAAGCAUAGUAUUAGAGGUCAGACUGCAUUCCUAAUUUGGUUGGUCUUGCCAGUAAAGUGACAGGCAAAAUCACUAGCUGUAAGCUUUGUUAAUAGCGGAGUUGCAGUGGGAUGAAAGUUAAAAUAUGAAAGAGGUGUUUGGCAUCAUGAAGGUAGGCAGAGAAAGGAGACACAUUUUUAUUUUUGCAAGGAAAAGGGAAGAAGUAUAGGAACUUGUAUUAUAGCAUGAAUUUGUAAUGUAGGUAGCAAGGUGCUUUACGAGAUUUUCUCCAGCAACAUUAUGCAGUAUGGGAGCAUCGUUGGAGGUUGCUGUGCCGUGCGCUGAAUGUUUGGCUGACACCUCGACUGAGCUUUGAUUGGUGCAGCCAUAUUAGAGCAUUAGACAGGACGGAAUUGUAGUGUGAGCGUUGAGGAGAGAAAGUGAAGACUGAAGAGAAUUGAUGUAGAUCAAGUUAGCUGAGGUUUCUGAAGAUGAGAAGCUAGGUUUAAUGAGGGGCACGUAUUAUCAGAAGAUGGUGGUUAGAGGGAAAGGUGUGUUAGAGAGAGAGACAGACAAGUUUGGUGAGGACAAGGCUAUUGCUGACUAUGUGGAGGAGAGUUGGUCCAUUGAGUACGGCCAAAGGAGGAGGUGCUAGAAGUGUAGAUGCUGCUGAGUUGUUGGGUUAAUGGGUAUGUUAAAGUCGCCAAGGAUGAGGCAAGGUAUGUCGGAGGAAAGAAAGUAAUGAAUCCAGUAGAAAAUUGGUCUAAGAGUAGAUGAGUCAGGAGGGCAGUAGAAUUACAGCAAUAAGAGAGAGGACUAAAAAAGAUGGAUUGGACUUCAAAAGAUGAAAAAGGAGAACAAUGGGCAAAAGUUGGAACAGCGAGGAGAGUACACCACCAUUUGCAUUACGUGGUCUGAGAGUGGGAGAAGUGCAAUCCAUAAGAUAGGCAGGAGUAGCUGUGCCAGGAGGUUUAAGCAACGGGAGAUGAGAUUGUAAUUUGCAGCAGAUGGUAUGGUAUUGGACUGAAUGUGCAUUCCAUAGGGCACAGAGAAAGAAAUGGGACGAGGCGGAGUGACAAGGUAAAGAUAAAAGGUUUUCAGUUGUUCUGGUGGAGCUGUUGGUUGUGUGGGAAGCAGGGGGUCCAGAAUUAGGAGACACAUUCCCAGUUGCUAACCGCAAAAUGAUGGCCAGAGAAACAAGGUGGAAAUGAGAGUGGAAUGAAUGUGUUGGACAGGGAGGAUAUUUUUUUAUUUAUUUUUUUCAAACUUUGGAACUAGAAUUCUUCAAAUGGCUGCGUUGCACUUGAAAGUCAGCCCUUCAGACAUGAAUGAUAGUAAAUUUCACAGAUAUUUUAGCUUACGAGAGUAGCUCAUUUUUGCAGUUAAGCUGGUUUUUCCACCAACCAGAAUAACUUGGUUUCAGAUUUUGCUUUCUUAUAUGUGCCUGUUCAGUCUAAAAGCAGAAUUAAGUGAAAUUAAUUCUUAUUGCUCACAAAUAAAAACCAGAAGACUUAUCGACAAAUUUCAGUUGUGAUCUAACGUGAACCCUCUUAUCCAACGUUUUAAGGUGGCAAGUGCUACUACACAUUAGCAUCAUAGAUUACUGACCUUGUCCUAAGUGAUCAUUCUUAAGUAAUUUUGGGAGAUAAUGGUUUAAUCUUUGCUUUAUGUAUGUUCUCCUGAUGAGUCACAAUAGUAAAAAGACACCAGUCUAUAUACUUUUCUGUCUUUCCAGGAUGAGAAUAUGAUCAACUUUAUCAAGGGUGGAAUGAAAGUUCGGAAAAGUUACAUGAUUUAUCGGUGAGAAACUGGGUAUGUGGGCCGCUGUGUGGACCAUGUGUUAUGUCGAUAAUCUGUAUAAAUAUGCUGGCCAUGGCAGUUCUGUAGGACGUGACAUGGGAGAUAAAUCUGGAAUUGCUGUGUAACCACUAGAAACCGGUAUCUCUGAAUGCUCAUGUAUGAUUGACUGGAGAUGUAGGGUCAGAGUAUUAAAUGUCAAAAUUCACUUUGAAUAAAGUCCAACUCAAACUAGUCAUACGGGAAAAGUUCAGCUAUGUUUUCAAAUUGGCUACUGUGGUCUAAAACUCACCCUGAAUUCCUGACAUUUUACUUAAUAUGACUGAUGGACUCUUUCAGGAUUAUUCACGAACGUAAGAAUUGAUGAUGAAUUUCAAAUUUAAGACCGAAGUAGCUGGAUUGGAAUCACGGACUUGAAUGUUUCCAGUUUGGCUACUUCUACUUUGAUUUGAAAUGCACUUUGAAUUCCCGCUUUAAUGAAUACGCCUUUUAGGAUAACUCGUCUUCAAGUUGUCCUGCUUUUAGUACUAAUUCUGCAGUAAACAUGUUUAUAAUUUUGCUUACAAAGACACUAGGCACUUUAACUAUUCAUCUAAAUGAAGUGGUUCUAGUGCCCAUAGUCCCGUGAUGCCAUCCCUCUGUAGGUUAUUGAAUGUUUUUUUUAUUGGAUGCUGGUCCUAGAGCGCCAGCAGUCUGGCCCUUCUGUGCUGCUGGGUUUAAUGCUGCCCAUUAGCCCACGCAGCGAUUGGCCUCCAGUAAGGGUUGCGCUGUGGUUACACGGGACCCCAAUUCAGCAUUACACCGUAUAAAAAUGGCCUAACACUGAAAGGACAGCGCCGGGGAUUCAAAGUACUAUAACCACUUCAAUUCCCUAAAGUAUCUCUAGUGCCUAGAUUGUUAGUUUUAAAGGUUAAAAAAAAACCUUUGCACACGACUAAUAAGCUCUAUGGUAAUUCCUUACUCUGUGCAGCUAAAAUGUUUUGUUGAGUUACUGAUGUGCACGUGGAAAUGUGAGGCAUUUAACAAGGAAACUCCAAAUUUUAGUUGAGUUGGCUUGUUUUCUAGCUCUUUCAGGGUAAAAUGUGGAAUUCAAUAUAUAUAUAUUUUUUUUAGUUUUAUUUUUUACAUCAUUCCAUACACUGAAUUUUGAGAUGUGUAUGUAAUUAUACAAUAUAUAUGUGCCAUAUAUUUCUAUGCUCAUAUGUCCUUUCAGAGAGCUAAACAACAUUAUGCAGUCCAAUACAUUCCAGAAGGGGGAGUCACAUUUACAUCUGGAGGGAGGAGUCUCUCUGGGGAUUGGCGCAUUCAACUUGGUGAGUUAAAGGAACACGCAAGUUUAAUUUUAUUUAUUUUUAGAUUAAUGGCUUUAUUAUUUUUAAAUGCACAGUAAAGUAGCCUGUAAUCCAGCUCCAGGACAGACUCCUCAUUGCCAGAAAGAGUUCACACAGGGAUGAAUAAUGAAGCCAAUAAAAUUCAUGUUUCCGGAGCCCCUGUCUAUCCUUUGGGCCCUGUGUAGGAGCCUAGGUUUACCAUGUGGCUAAUUGUGCUCUGCUCAGUGUAGCUGCUCUGGACAAAAGUUCUCUGCAUUGAUGACGUUAUGGUAGGCAGUCAGAUGCUUCUUAUUGAGAAGUGACACACGGGACAUGCACAACUGCCACAAACAAAUUGUGCUUUAGAAUUAUUGGGCGCACAGAGCUUCUGGAAUGACACCAGACAUCAAAUAGAUCUAGUUAUUGAAUAUAUUUGUGUUGGAAGCCCCUAGAGGGGAGGUAGAAAUUGUAAAAUAUACCUGACUGCUUAGUUCCGGUCUCCAAAAAAGGUAUUCCCAGACUUUUAGGGAGGAGAGCGCACUCAAGUCCCAGGUCUCCUCCGAUGUCUCCUUGUCUCCCUUACCUCCACUUAAAAUAGUCCUCUAUUUGGAGGCAAGGGAAACCGUAAAGCCCACCUAAGGAUUUGACUGUACUUUGGCACAGUCCUGGUCAAGGAAAUAUAUCCUGAGUAUUUCAGAGGAUUUCCCGGUCAGGCGCUUGAGAUAUACAAUUAGUCCAGUCAAUCUUCAGACGUCCUCAUGUCUGCUUGGAAAGCACAGUAAGUGUCCAGGGCUCCCAUACACCUCCCCACAAUGACAGUAGCCCCUUUUAUGGGCUCUUGGGCCCAGUCCCAUAGUCUGUGGGCUGUAGGUUGGCCUUCUCUAAAAAGUCAUGGCACAGGAGCUUCCGUCACAGUAAGGAAAUAAAUAAUGGUGGGGCCAUGGGAGAUCUUCCAACACAUUACAGCUCAGAAGUCAAUGUUUGGGGCCCACUCUGAGGUGGCCUGGAGAUAAAGGUUAAAAACCACUACUGUAGACCUCACAUAACUUUUAUUUAAAAAAGAUUUUUCCCCCCAUCAGCUGUCACUCGAGAUGGUAGUGUACAAGCAUUUUCAGCAGCCUUUCCUUUUCUAAAUUAACACUAUAGCAUUAAGAAUACAAAUUAUGUUAUGUGUUCCAAAUGCAAGUUUUUCUGGUAAUUUGUUAUUAAUUUAUUUUUUUCAUUUUGUGAAAACUGCAGAUUUCAAUAGAAAUUGGCACUUAUACUUUUCUAAAUUAACCUUACAUCCCUACCUAUCAAGCAGACAACUGCUCCUGUUACUUCCUGGCUUGUUUAGCUCAGUGGAGCUAAACUCAAGAGGCAGCAAUUGUCCAGAACACCUGCCUUGCAAAGACUUCUAAUUGAGCUGCAUUGGGAAGUCUGUGAUUGGACAGUCACAGAAAGUCUGGGUGGGGUUACAAGGGGAGGGUUUGCAAAGGCUGCAAACAAGAGAACUGCAGGUUUUGCAAACUGUUUUUACAUAUACCCCCAUUGGGAAGUGUAAUUAAUUGAAUACAUGUUUUCAUUUUGGCUAGAUCUACUAAACAGUAAUUAUUUUGUAUUUGUGCAGUGUCUUUUUUUUACCCUGCUUUUCAAUAUUGAGAGAUGCUUCUCAAUAAAACUAAAUGUUAAAUAAUUUUGCAAUGCACCUUACAAGGAAGUAAUUCUAAAUAUGAAUGUGUGUAUAUGAAUAUAAACAUUUACUUAAAGUCAGCAUUUCAUCACUUGCACACGUGGAGGAAUUUAAUGGCCUCCACUCUUUUCCACAAAGAGCUUUUCAGAAAUUGAUUUAGACAGGAAACAAAGGGCGGUGUCCGUCAUGGUCGGCUAAUCCAUUGUCUGCCGUCACUGUAAUACCUGCUACUAAUGAAAUCCUGAGACUUUCACUCCAUAACACAAUAGGUACUGACUUAAAGCCAUGAGAGCGCGAUAUCGGAUUACUUUUACAUUGUAAAGCACGUCAUAUAGACUUGCAUACCCGAUGGGAGAUAUUGCGUUCUAAUGAAAUCCUGAGAUCAAACUCCCACUACUCCAGGGCGGCAGCAAUGACUAUAAUACACAUUAGCCCCAAUACAUUCAGUAAAACCAGGUGAAUUGUUGGUAUAGGACUCACUUAAGUGGUAUAGCCUUGAUGUGGCAGGUAAAAUUACAAUUUAAUGGCCAUUGGAGGGAUACUAAGCGUUAUUUAUGUGUAGGGAUUUGGAAUACUGCGCAAGUAACUCUAAAGUAUAAUUAGUAAUAAGUCCACACACAAAAAAUGUAAUGUGUUGGUGUAAUUUCCAUUGAGGUGAUGUGUAGUCACAGGUACAACUAGCUGCGGGGAACCCGGCGUAUAUAGAAGUAAAACCCACACAAUUCUGUCACGUUCUUUGUAGGAAACUAGAUUGAAUCUGGGUUAUUUUAAGGCCCCGCAUGAUAAUGGAUAUGUGCAUAACAAAGUUGCCGUUACAAUCUUUGUCUUAGAGGAAUUGCAAAGAGUCAGCUUACCAGAAUUAAAAGGAACUGUAGUAGACAAUUUUGACACCCAAGUAGUCCAUAUAAAGUAUAAUUGAAUAGAAAGGGGGUAGAACGAGAUACAAUCAUUUCCCUUUGUUGGAAUUUUAUGAUGGCAAGUUAGAGAACUCCUACACAUUUAAAACUUCUAUUAACCUGUGAGACCAAGUGUUAUCUAUCUAUUGCCAUGCCCUUACAAGAAAUGUUAUGUAUGAUGUACGAUGUCCGGUUGGGAGGCUGUCAGUCAGUCCGGCGAGCACUGCUGGAGUCCAUUAUUAAACAUUGCUUCUCCCCAUGUCUUACCACAGACGCUGUCCCUCUUCCCCCCACGCAUUUUGAAGUUACUGGAAUUUGCUGGAUUCUCUGGGGAUAAGGUACUGCAUUCUGGUUUCCUUCCUUGCUUUUUUAUCUUUCUCAUUCUACCAGUGUCUCUCUAUCCUUUAAAGUCAGAGCUGUGAAAUUAAGCAAGGUUUAAAAUGGCAAGUCUUACACUACUAGAACUGUCUAAAUGGUACUGGCCUCUACAAGCCUGGAGGGGUCAUGGUCCAGGGUUGAAUUUCUACUAACUAAUGGCUAAUGGUCUUGCCAUUAAUGUAUACCAUCUUUAUCUCAGUCUCUUGCUCUGCCAUUCUCUUCCUUAUUUUCCCUCUGUUAAUCCUUUUUUUUUUUUUUUUCUCAGGACUAUGGUUUGUCUCAGCUUCGUGAAGGUUCCCAGUCCAACAAUCUACGCUCCCUGCUUUGCACAAUGCUACUGCUCUGUUAUUACACCUUCCUCAGUUUUGUCUUGGGUGAGAAGUAUGUGUGGACAUUUUAGAGUACAUUCUAAAUCACCCUGUGCUGGGAGGGACAGACUCCAUGUCCCAUAGCUCCCUCCUGUCUGUGUCACCCUGUGCUGGGAGGGACAGACUCCAUGUCCCAUAGCUCCCUCCUGUCUGUGUCACCCUGUGCUGGGAGGGACAGACUCCAUGUCCCAUAGCUCCCUCCUGUCUGUGUCACCCUGUGCUGGGAGGGACAGACUCCAUGUCCCAUAGCUCCUUCCUGUCUGUGUCACACUGUGCUGGGAGGGACAGACUCCAUGUCCCAUAGCUCCCUCCUGUCUGUCACCCUGUGCUGGGAGGGACAGACUCCAUGACCCACAGCUUCCUCCUGUGCUGGGAGGGACAGACUCCAUGACCCAUAGCUCCCUCCUGUCUGUGUCACCCUGUGCUGAGAGGGACAGACUCCGUGUCCCAUAGCUCCCUCCUGUCUGUGUCACCCUGUGCUGAGAGGGACAGACUCCGUGUCCCAUAGCUCCCUCCUGUCUGUGUCACCCUGUGCUGGGAAGGACAGACUCCAUGUCCCAUAGCUCCUUCCUGUCUGUGUCACACUGUGCUGGGAGGGACAGACUCCAUGUCCCUUAGCUUCCUCCUGUCUGUGUCACCUUGUGCUGGGAGGGACAGACUCCAUGUCCCAUAGCUCCCUCCUGUCUGUGUCACACUGUGCUGGGAGGGACAGACUCCAUGUCCCAUAGCUCCCUCCUGUCUGUGUCACCCUGUGCUGGGAGGGACAGACUCCAUGUCCCAUAGUUUCCUCCUGUCUGUGUCACCCUGUGCUGGGAGGGACAGACUCCAUGUCCCAUAGCUUCCUCCUGUCUGUGUCACCCUGUGCUGGGAGGGACAGACUCCAUGUCCCAUAGCUCCCUCCUGUCUGUGUCACCCUGUGCUGGGAGGGACAGACUCCAUGUCCCAUAGCUCCCUCCUGUGCUGGGAGGGACAGGCUCCAUGUCCAAUGUCCUUAUCUGGUGAGCGGAACAAACACCUUGGAUAUAUUAUUUUGAUGUGAAACUAAAGCACACCCUGCCAUGUAUGGCAUCUGCAAUUAAAGAGCUCACUGUUUUCUCUUCAUGCUGUGGUUACAGGCAUUGGUGAAGAUAAUCUCUCUGAAGCAGAAGCCAUCCUGCAGCCGUACCUGACCAGCUAUCCCAAGGUGAGUACAAACAUCCCUAAACAAUUAUAUUACGUAAGCAUUGUUACCUUUGCCUGACAAUGGUUUUACAUACUAAAGUUUGCAUGGCCAGUUUUAUUUACAUAUUUAAAUUAUGAUUAAGAUUUGGUUUAAUGGGGGCACCAGUAUGUGCCCAUUCUGAUGUUGCUGGGUAUCUUUCACCUACUUUGCCCUUGUUCCUUUCAGAGUGCCAUCUUUCUCUUCUUUGCUGGGAGGAUUGAAGAAAUUAAAGGAAAUAUUGAUGAGGUGAGAAUCUGCUGGGAACCACCUGUCUGUCCAUUGCACGGCUACAUCUAUCCAUCGUGCCCUCUGUUGUGUUCCCACUAUAAUAAAUAUGUAUAUGCUACGAGAGAAAAUUGAUAAUUGAACCCUUUACUGUCCCGAGCUUCCACUUGUCCUAACUCUGUGUCUCCUGUUUGUCCAGGCUGUGAAUUGGUUUGAGUUGGGUUGCUCGGCCCAGCAGUCGUGGAAGCAGUUCCACCACAUGUGUUAUUGGGAGCUGAUGUGGUGCUUUGCUUAUAAAGGAAUGUGGAAGCUGGCAUACUUCUAUGCAGAUCUCCUAAGCAAAGAGAAUCGGUGGUCAAAGGUACAUGAUGGACAAUCUUCCUCGAUCUAGUCUUCUCUACACAACUUUGGCCAUCUUUUACCUAUCCCUUCUGGCAGCAAUUACUGCCUUUAAUAUGUUACAUCUUUUAAUUUUACAUGUCUUUCCUGUGUCCCCUGAGCGUGUUUCCCUCAUUUCUAGUCCUCUGGUAAUUCUUCUUUUUAUACACCCCACUAGUUCCCCUAUGUACAACCUUGUAGUGCUCUUUCCGACCUCUUACUGUUCAUUCUGCUUUUCGAUUUUCCUCUUUUAUCCCUUGUAAUUACUCUUAAUUUUUCUAUUACUGUCUCAGCAUUGUUCCGUAAUGUCCUUUUCUUUUCUCCCCACCAUUACAAUCCAGUAGACAUUGUUCUGUCUAGUCUCAUUGUUAGUUUCUCUCUGAUACUCCUUGUGCUUCUAUUUUUAUCCAGGCCAUGUACGUGUACAUGAAGGCAGCCUUUCUCAGUAUGUUACCCAAGCAUGAAGCACGACCAUUCGACGAGAAUGAAGUGGAGUUGUUCAGGUCAGUAAUGAAGAUAAUACGGGCUUGAUGGAUGGGGCAUAUGGUUUAGUAAAAGGUUUAUGUGUAGGGGCCACAUGUUGUUGUGAACAGACUGAAACAGUUUAUGACUACGUGAGCAAAUACUGAGCAGAAAAGCAAUAUAAAACAACCUCGUAGAUUUUGAUAAAUGAACAAAUAUAAACAAAAUAUAGAAACUGUUUUAGGCACUUAAAAUUGUAAUCUAGUAUCCGUGUUUAUAGGCAAUCAGACUCUGCAUUCAGGAAUCCACUGAAAAAAAAUUGUAUUGUCAAGAGUGCCAUCUGGUGGUCGAAAUAUUUUUGUUUUUGGAUACCUUUCAACUAGUCCAAGAGCUGUUUGUAUAAACCAGAAACAAGUAGUUUGCUCCAUCUGUCCUGAAAUAAUUUGCUUGUUUGUGGCUCCGCUAUCCUUUCACUGGUACGCAUGUAUAGACACCCUUGGCACCACGAGUACACAGCAACUCUCCUGCACACAGCAGUCAUAACCGCGGUUGCCAAUUUGUAGUUCCCACAUCUGCUUGUUGUACUGGGCCCAAGAUAGUUUGUCCGAUCUUUGAUUUCCAAGAGGUGAACAAGCACUUAGUCUUUGCCCCCACGUGCAAUGCACUGCAGCGAGCCUUGCCACUAAUCCCAAAAGUAAAUAGAAAAGCCAUAAUGAGUUGGCAGGCUCCAUGGCUGUAAAAGGGAUUCUUUCAUCAACACGAACAAGGGCCAGUAUCUUGGGGUGUAAUGACCUUACCAAAACCACAGGCUUCCAAGCCACUUCAGGCCUUGUGUGAUUAAGGUCAUUACAGGCCUAAAUGUCAAUAGGCGUUCGUGGUGUUCCUUCUGUUUAUCCAGUGGCUGCUUGUUCUUUAUGGCUACUGUAUAAUUUAUUCCUGAUGGCGAGGUUUGAUGGCGCAUGCAGUGAAAAGAAUAAUACCUGGCAAAUUAUGCUGGCUUUAAAUGCGACAAAGCUGCAGCCACUUCGGGAACUAUGCUUGUCUAGCAGAUAAAGACAGACCAGAGCAAUAGACUGUGCUUGGUUGAAUUUGUGUGCUUGCUGUGUGUGACUUUAUUACGAUGAUCUUUUAAUAGUUUUUAACCGCCAUAGUGUUCCAUGGCGUAAUAGCAAGGUGUUAUAAAUUCAUGAUGGAUAGUGCAGCUAUCUGUGUGUACACCAUGAUAGAGCUGGAGGUUAGGCCCUGCUUGUCACAUGGAAGAAUUGAAGAGCAGGUCAGGGUGAUUGACAAGUUAGGGCCUGAUGGAAUUUCUAUUUGGUAGAAGUGGUGUUCGGGCUAUAACGGUGGGGGUGUGUGUAAAUGCAUGAUUAUCAUAAAUUCUCCAGUGGAAACGAGAGCAGGAGUAAUAAAGAUGUUUUACACCCAUUAUCUUGCAGACUGGUUCCUUCUUUAAAACAGAAAAUAGCUGGAAAAUCCCCACCCACUGAGAAAUUCGCCAUAAGGAAGGCGAGGAGAUACCAAGCGAAGGAUCCCAUCAAUCUGCCGGUGCCUGCUCUGGUACGUUCACGGUGUAUUGAAUCGGUUUUAUACUUCAGGGUGUGCCAAGAUGGCUGCUUUGUCUCCUAGAAAGGUCAUUCUCGCUUUGUCUCUUUUUAUACUCUUUAAACCUUUUUGAGUCUCAGAUGAGAAAAGCAUUGUAAAAAAUAACAAUGUUCUAGUUCACUAGAAGCUUCUGACCUCUUUCCCUUCCCAUGUGAUUAAAAAGUACACACAGCUAAAACCAGUUGGACAGGUUAUCUUUAAUACUAAAUUCACAUUUUAGAAUAUACGCAAUCAAAGCAGACCAGUUUACAGUAUAACUGGUGUGUGAGCUUCAAUGGGGCAUGAAAUCUCUGUCCACACUGUGAAGGAGCUUUAUGGGUUGGAUCCCGGUACUUUUCCAUACUUUCACAUUCAAAUUAAAGCCAGUUUAUUCUUUCUAGUAUGGAAACUGGUUUCGCCUCCCUCUCCCCUCCCCCUGUAUGGUAGAGAUUCCACCUGUUACCACAAUGUUCAGAAACAUGAGAUUCCCUGAUCCACCAUGUUUUCCUCAAUUCCUUUGACUUGGUGGAUCUAGCAGAUUUGUGCUUAUGUCAUCAUGGACAGGUGGAGUGCCACCAAAAAAUGCACUUCCUUCCGGCCUGUAGAAUUCAUAUGCUGCUGGUAGGAAACAAUUCAGUAGUUAAGAGACUACAUUUGAUGAGAUGGAGUGGUCUCGCUAUAGGCACCCAGACCACUUCAUCUCAUCGAAGUGGCCUGGGUGCAAUGUCCCUUUCCCUCUUACUCCUGCAAUGUAAAUCAUUGCAGUUUUAGAGAAACUGCAAAAAUUACAUUGCAGCACGAAGACUGCCUCUAGUGGCUGUCAGUCAAUAGAGGCACUUCCUGGAUCCUAAUAGACUUUCGGUCGCCUAACUGACACUGGACAUCACCAUGCUCUGCAUAGGAAAGCAUUGAGGGAAUGAUUUUAUAAUGGGCUUAAUGCGCUUACCACGCAUGAGCUUUAGCCUCCGUCCGUGUUGGAUGACUUCUGAGGAGAGGGAGCGCCUUGGCAUUGGAAUCGCUUAAGUGACUAAAGAUUUUUCAACACUUUAGCUGCCGGAGGGAGGGCUCUGUAGUGUUACGAAUACAGAUUUCUAUUUCUAAAACUACAUAGAAUCCCUUGAAUCUCCUGCAAUAUAAAAGGAUGUUUUAUGUGCUGUCCAUCAACAUAAAUAACUGCAGGGCUGCUAGAGGGAUGAUAAGACUCAGUUCAAGCAAUUCUUCUCAGAGCAUAUGAUUGCAGGAGCGCGGUGCUUGGUGUGCAUGCUCUUGUCCACAAUGCAUCUCUAUUAGAAGCAAUAGACUGGAUGAGACGACCAAAGAUGUCAGCAUGCUUGCUUAGGAAGGAGGCGGCACAGGCAGCUGAGACAAGUGUCUCUGUCCACCACCUUUUAUUUAAAAUAGAACGAUUUAAAAAAAAAAAAAAAAGGUGGGGGGGAGGAAAUUCUGGACUGUAGGAAUCCGUUCAAAUAGUUUUAUUGAAAGUCACAAACCCUGAUUAACUUGGUUAUCAUUUCCCCCAACCUCCCCCUUACAGGAGAUGAUGUAUUUAUGGAACGGGUUCUCGGUGAUUGGCAGAGAUGCCCAAAUGACAGAAGAUGCCUUGAAUACUCUGUGUGCAGCUGAGAGUCGCCUGCAUGAGGAACCAGGUACUCCAUCCAGUAAAAAAUCAUUGCAUUUUCCUGUAAUUUGGCAUUUCUAAGGUGUUUGUUUUUUUUAUAUUCUUCCGUAUUUAUUUGCAGCAAAUUAUUCCUCAUGGUGUCACACCAAACCCCCUGUUCCACUUGCGUUCUUUUUGGUUCAUAAAUCUGUUGCUCCCAAGCUUUAACUAAAAGAACAAAUGUGACUUUAGCGUCUUACAAAUAUUCUACUUUUCUUAAUUUUAAUUUAUAUAUUUUUUUAAAAUAAUGCAUGUUGGCCGGUGUGUGAAUGCAGGUGUAUAAUUUUGCAGUGUCACAUGCACACAGUCUGUCAGUUGCACACAUUUAUACACAUACUGUCAAAUUCAGCCACAUGCGCAGUAACGGACAGCCAGUCACACACACUGUUACUCUUCCCAUUAUGGACACGGGCUGGGUGUGGAGUGGAGGCAAUAUAGUCCCUAGUGUGUAGUGGUUUGGUGACCUGUGACUCUGCUAUGCUUCCCCCAAAUGGGCAGCGGGUUCAGGCUGCAUUUAGCUCAUCCUCUUCUGCCCACUUGAAUCCAUCCACCCUGCCUCCCUUACUAUUGGGAGAAUCUCUGCAUAGACUCCUCCUGUUUGUGCGAGCUGUUUCGGCUGCAUGGUGCCCUGUAGAGCUUGCACACCCUUAAGGACAGCCCUGUGAGAAAUGGAAAGUGCAAGAAAAACAGAUUAUGGUGCCCUGCAGAAAUGUUUAUAAGAAAAUGGCACAUGCGUGCAAAGUCAGAACAUAAUUGAGCGUAAAUGCAGCAGUUGUUGCUCUUAAAAGAACAGUAAAGCUUCCAGAAUAGAAACUGGUAUUACAAAUGCUAUAGGUUAGUACACAUGCGUGGCAAAUAGUCACACUGCAUUGACUCCAUGCAACUAUGAGGAUAUGCUGAUUGGUGCAGUGUAUGGAGAUGGUAAAUAUCAGCCCUGCAAUCUUUGCAGGACCUAACCCAGGAAUUCCCUCUAGUGUUUACACUACUCUGCCUGCAGGGACAGACUAUUCGCCCCAGAACCACUGUGUAUUUGUGUAUUAGUACAUGUGUCUGCACAUACCACCCUCAUAUUGCAGUCAAAGAUAAAGUUGCAAGCAACAUAUAUAUUAUAUGCAUACAUACAUAUACAACACAUGGGAAGCACCUAUAUGAUGAUAUACAUGUAAAUGAUUAUAGAAUAUGUGGUCUUAUCUGUACCUUUAUUUGGUAAAUAAUUUUUUGCAAAAGCCCAACCAAAAUGUUAAUUUUGUUUCAAAUAACCCCUUUACACUGGCACUUAUGUAUACCAACAAUCGUGUAGAAAUGAUUAACAUCAUUGCAAAUCAUGCCAUAACUACAGUCUGAUAGCUCACAUCGCAGCAGCAUAGGGAGCUGUGACAAUGCAAGCCUCUGAAGAUGAAUGCAGGGACUAGCUCUCUGUAUCCAACGCUGCAAGCCUGCCCUUCAUUAUAUCUACAGCUCCUUAUACACACACAAGUCAAUCCCUAUUUUUUGCACUAAUGGUGUUAGUGGGGGCCUCAUUUUUGAGUUUCGCUUAAGGCCUUGCAAAGGCUAGAGCCACCCCGACUCUAUCCUCUCAGCUAGGUCCGUUAUCCUAUCUGGGUUAGUCACUGAAGUGAAAAUUGUCAUGAAUUCAAAGUGAAUUUCAAAUUUUGGGCCAAAAUAGCCAAAACAGAACAUUUCAGUUUUUUUUUGGCCAAAUAUUUAAAAUUCACUUUAAAUUCCCCACAGUUCACGCUCUAAAAAACAAACAACAUAAUUCAUAUUGGUGUAUAAUCUAAAUUGUUAAAGUUUUUUUUUUUCAUGACGAAAGCAAAAAUCAAGGUGCAAGAGAGUACUGAGAAUGGACUACAGCUCAAAUAGCCUGCCCUUCGGUGGGUCCCUGCUCGAAUAUCAAGCUGGUUUUAGCUCUUCUUGUGCCAUUAUAGAAAGAACCAGGCUAUUUGCAUAUCAGACUGACCCCACCCAAUAGUGUGGAACAGAUCCAAAAGGCAAGCCGGCUCUCUGCACGAGAGAAACCGCAACCCCAGACUAUCGUUUCAACCUUGUUGGGCAUCGUCAAUAUCCCUCCUAGGCAUCGUGAGCAAGGGGUCCUAACAAAGCCAGGGCUGCAUAAACAAACUGAUUUAACUCCCAAAUGGCAGAGAUUGGAGCAGCGAGACUGCAGGGGCACUAUCUAUACACCAAAACUGCUUCAUUAAGCUAAAGUUAUUUGGUGCCCAGAGUGUCCCUUUAAUUUAAGAGUGAUGAAGGUUCAUUCCAAAUCUUAGAGGGAACAUUAUUUGAGCAGUAUAACCUCUUCACAUCUGCCUGCAUGCACUGUGUAAUCUUGUAAACGGAAGCUGUGCAUUUGCCUAGAAUAGGUCAGAAAGUCUGGGCUGUUUUUUAGAAUUUGAAGUUGUCCUAACUUCAAUCACCUUCACCGUGAAAGCACUCAUGGGAAGCAAGGAAAUAUUUUCAGGUAAUUUACUUGGUCGUAGCGGUAAGACGGUCCCAGCUGAUUCAUAUUUAGGGGUCUGAAAUGUGAACUCCAGGCUGUAGUCGACCCUUCCUUUGGUGGUGCGUUCUCCUGUAGAGGGAUGCAACAGAACAAUUCCCUAAAGUCAUGAUGUCCUAUACGCCCAUUUUUUGGGGGGCGCAAAACUGGAAACACUACUAGUUGGGAGGGCGGAGCAGUAAGGGAGGAACUUGAGGUAUAAAACAAAUUCUUGUUAAAGCGAAUACAUAUGGAAGUGUGAUUAAGCCUUUGCUCCCUUUGUUGCAGCAAAUGACUAUUUUGAUGAUGACCUUUGCACCAUUAUGCUUCUGAAGGGUUUGUGUCUAAAACACCGGGGCAAACUGACACAGGCAGAGCAGUGCUUCGUACAGAUAUGUCAGAGGUAAGGCUGAACAGGGGCUAAGGUGACCUAUUGACAGACAUUUAAUGGGUUACUAGGUCAGUAGUCCCGAGGAGUAGUGACAUAAUGACAGUGCUAGGUUUGAUGGUCCCACUGGACAGCAUUGUGAACUAAUGACCGUGACUGGUGUGGUUGAAGGGUCUGUCCCACUGAAUAGCACAGUGACCUAAUAAUUUUUUCCCUACAGUGAGAAGCGGAUAAAGUUUGAUUGCCAUUUGGUCCCCAACGCACUGUUGGAGCUUGGUCUGUUGUAUAUGCAGCAACGUAGGGGGGAAGAUGCCAUACCCAUUCUACGCCGUGCCAAGUACGUAUAUUUUCUUGGUGUCAGACUGUAAAUAGAUUGAUCCACUUUUAAUGGACACAGACUAGUUACCGCUUACCUCUACAAUGCAGUGGUUUGUGAACGUAGAGAAAAUACACCCUUAAUAUGGAUAAGUGGCUUGCUAAAGAGACCUAUAUCGAAGAUGGCUAAUUCUAGUGUUUAGAUUUUGGAUUUAGCCACACACAGAGGUUCCUAGAAUAAUGUAAAAAGUAGUAAACAAAAAAACAACAACUUUAUUGCAACAUUACAAAAUUAAGUGAAAUAGGGACACUAGUCCAAUUUACCUAAUUUUGCAGUAACAAUUUUUUAUUUUUUUAUUUUUUUAAUUACCUUCUACAUUAUUCUAGGGGCCUGUGUGUCUCGUAUCACUCUAGGCAUAUUAGACUGUAGUUGUUUCUAUGGUUUGUGAAUUGUAUUUCCCACGAUCCUUUAGAAUGUGUUGUAUUUCCUAAGUGAGCCAUCACUAGUGUAGGCCAGGGUGUACCAAGCAGUAUAUUUUAUGAUAGUACUUGCAGUAUCCGUGAAUUCACAGGUAACUAUAGAAAGUGCCAGGCUGUCUGUAUUGACAUCUGAAAACUCUCUCUCUUACAGGAACAACUAUAAAAAUUAUUCCAUGGAAUCGAGGACUCUCUUUAGAAUUCACGCUGCACUUACUAAACUCAAAGCCCCGGACUCUGAAGAAAACAGCACGGAUGGGGCCAGCCUCUCCUGACUCUCGCACUCCCACUCCUUCUCUAAAUAAAGCCUUGUGUCAUUAUUCCAGAGAUUGCUAUAAUAUACACCGUACAUACAUAUAUUAGACUGGAUAUCUCUAGAUCUCAAGACCAUAACCAGAAGAGGAAACGUGCCCAAACUCUGCCUUAUAUUUUGAGCAGAAUCAUCCAUUUACAUUUUAAUGAUUGACUGUGUUCCUUUAAAUAGUAAUAAUUGUAAAUGUAAUAAAUUAUAUAGUUUUAAUUUUAAGCUUGUUUGAAUGUGUUUAUACCGUCUUGGGAACUCUGGGC